UUCCUCUUCCAUGAGGAGGGCAUGAAAAAAAAUACUGUAAUUCAGAACCACUGAUUUAAAGUCUGUGUUUUGCACAUACAGAGAAAUGGCCCAUCAGACAUACUCGCCAUCCUUGAGUGGGAGGUGAACCCAUGCUGCUUUUAAAGACACACUGUUGUUGUAGUAAAAAAGUGGCUAAUUAAGGACAGUCACAUAGAAACGCCAUUUUCUGCUUUGCUGUUGCCGUACAUUUAGUUUGUCCAAGUGGUUUUGCCGUACUUCGACUUCUCUUGCAAACUUGACUUUCAAGUUAGGUUGCAUUACCACACGCUUCACCAAGGAAUUUCACCCGAACGUACCAAAGCCUGCGCACAGUCCGUUAGUUAAUCGGUUACUUUAUUGGAAUCAAAAUCCCAUUAACUAAAUCUUGGUGGUUUGAUUUACUCUUGUCGGCGUACGUUGAAGCUUCUCGGGCUAGCUUCGCUUGCUAGCGAAGGCCCGUCUUUGUUAACAGCACGCCGCUAACCGUGUUGUGACUAUCUUGUGAAAAUGUGCGCAAAGAGUGUCAAAGAAGAGUACGAGGAGGAACUUUGUGUAAAAGAAGAAAACGACCAACAACGUCAAACACUCGACGUUGUUUUCAAGCAGCCUCAGUAUGUGUUUCACACAGACUCUCUCAUUAAAGAGGAAGAGCAGCAGACUGAAAUCAUCAAAUUUCCAUUGAUUGGCGUCGUUGUGAAGACUGAAGCUGGUGAAGACCAAGGUCAGAGGUCAUCGCUUCACCCAAGUCAAAGCAAGGAGGAAAGCUGGGCGGAUUCUCCAGACAACAGCGUCAGUCAUCGCCCCACAGAGGUUGACGGGGACCGUUGUGGAGCAUCCCAUUCAGACCGCCUGCUCGCUCCACUAUCGGAUAGUGAUGACAUCACGGAUGAGGACGAACACGCUGGAGGUGAUAAGAAAAGUCACACUGACGUCGAUCUGGUUGCCGAUCUACUUUGCACACAAUUUUCAAGACGGGCCUUCCACAAAAAGCUGGAUAUAGUGCGAAGAGGUCGCCCAACUCCCGCGCUAGCCGGCCUGUCCCAGCGAGGAAAAGGCUUUGUCCGUCAUUUUCAGACGAGCAAUUAUGAACGGUACCCGUGGCUCACAGCCUCCGAGACGCACUGCAAAUUGUACUGCUGGGAAUGCUUAUUGCUCGCAAGUGACCGAUGCGGCGUUUGGAGCCACACCGGCUUUAGCAAUCUAAGUUGUUUCACCAAGGCGGCAAGGAAACAUCAGAGCACGGCCGGGCACUUGCAAGCCACGGUGCGUUUAAAGACGUUUGGGGACACUCGCGUCCAUGUGCAGCUCAGCGAACAGGCACGCCGGGAGAUGGAGCUCCACAAUGAGAAAGUAAAAAAAAAUAGGCAGAUACUGAAAAGACUGAUGGAUUGCGUCAUGUUUUUGGGCCGGCAGGAACUUUCAUUCAGGGGACACGACGAAGGGGCGGAGUCCUUAAAUAGAGGCAGCUACGCGGAACUUAUUUCUUUCCUCGCGGAACACGACGCAGACUUGCACUACCACCUGACGACCAACAGGGUCUUUACCGGCACAUCGGGAAAAAUACAAAACGACCUCAUUUACGCCAUCGCUGACGUGAUGGCAGAGCAGAUCAAAGCGGAGAUCAAAAAAGCCCCUUUUGUCGCGGUGAUGGUUGACGAAAUCACCGACGCGGGUAACGCGGAGCGCUUUUCGCUCGUCCUGCGCUACAUGACGGACGCAGGGGUCAAGGAGCGUUUCGUCAAAUUUGAGGAUGUGACCAGAGGCAAACCAGCUGAUGACAUUGCCGCUCUUAUUUUCCGUUUAUUUGAGGAAUACGAAUGUUCCCCGGAUAAAGUCGUGGCGCAGUGUUACGACGGCGCCGUGGUCAUGGCGUCCGGCUUGAAUGGCGUGCAGGCUAAAGUGAAAGAAAAGGCGCCCAUGGCCUUAUUUAUUCACUCUUAUGCACAUCGUCUGAAUUCGGUACUGAUGCAAGGCGCCUCGAAGCUUAAAGAGUGCAAAGUCUUUUUAGCCAUUUUGAACGGCCUCGCCGCAUUCUUCUCCAGAUCUCCGAAGCGCACGAAACUACUCGGCGACAUCUGCAAGCGGCGUUUUCCUCAGCUGGCGCCGACGCGCUGGCAAUGCACCUCCAAAUUGGUCAACGCCGUUUACGAGAAGAGACUUGCGUUGAAGGAGCUGUUUGAUCACAUCCUGGAGCACCACGGCGAGUACGAUCAGGACGCCGUGCUUGCCGCCGAUGGAUUCGCCGCGCGCCUGGGCGAUUUUGAAUUUUGCUUUUUGCUCAACGUCUUCAACGGGAUUUUCGAGUACGCCGACGUGCUUUUCGGAAUACUGCAGACCAAAUGGUUGGAUGUGCAGUUUUGCAUGGCGAGGGUGAACGAAUUUUGCGAGGCGGUUGAGCGAGCGAGGGAGAAAUUCGGCGAAAUCUACGAAGAAACGGAGCGCGUCUCGGGCGCUCCGAGCGUGCGCGGGGGCCGGGGCGCGGCGCAAGACGACCCGCGCGCACACUACCAACGUCUCCAUACCAGCGUUCUGGACAACAUUCUUUCCCAGAUACGGACUCGAUUCGAGGACCACGAAAGGCUGAUGUUUCUCUCCCUCCUCGACCCUCAGCGCUUUCACUCGUACAGGAAAAAAUUUCCACAAACGGCCCUCUCCAGCUUAACGCAGAGCCACGGAGCGUUAUUUGAUCUUCCCCGUCUUAAAACGGAACUGACCGUAAUGUACGGCAUGAUUGAUUUCGUAGGCAAAAAUCCGGCCGAUCUUCACAAUUUUCUUCGGAGCAAAAAUCUGAGCGAGAGUAUGGGGCAACUUUACACGCUGGCCUGUUUGGCUGUUACCAUCCCCGUGUCGGCGGCAUCUGUCGAGCGGUCAUUCUCGGCGUUAAAACGCAUUCAAACGUAUGCCAGGAACACGGCCGGACAAAAACGACUUUCGGCGUUGGCUUCCAUGUCGAUAGAAAAGGACUUGCUGAUGGACCUGAAACGAACAGACAAGCUGUACAACAGAGCCACGGAAGUGUUCCUGAGAAAAGAAAGGAGGAUCGACUUUAUUUUCAAAUAAGCAGGACGCUGUGGAGAACUAUAUUGGUGACUCAAGUGGAUUUUAUUCUUCUUGUCAUUUUAUUUCCUUAGUAUUCGAUUCGAAAUAAAACGACAAAAACGUAUCAAAUAAAUCUGGCUCACCUGCAAUUUAUAAUGGCGCGCCGUGGUCACCUUGGCGCGCUAAAGUUCGUUCAAUUUCAGCUGCUCAACAUUUUUAUUUGCUGUUGUAUCGCCUCGUCUCAAAAUGCGAAGGAUCCGUUCACUUUCUUUUCAAAGAAUAGUUUGUUUUGUUAUCGUUCGCUUGGCGUCUUAUACGAAACUGCGACACUGCGCAAUUUAUUGCACAGAAUUACAGCGUCGUUUGGGUGGCAUUCUAUUUAGUAUUUUUAAAUCCUCUUUUCAAUUUUUGACAAUAUCUGUAAAUUUAGUUUCCUGCUCUUAAUUGUGAUUGUGCAUACUUGAUGGUUUUGAAUGCUCCAGAAAUUAAAUGCUGCUCGACGAG